AUGGCGCCGAAUCCGCUCGAUGCAUCGACGUACAACCACCGCUUCGUGACCGUCCAUUCGGGCAAUCGCUACCACCUCGUCGACCAACCUCCAACACACUGGCGAGGAUCGGUCGAGGAGGCGCCGACCAUCCUGAUGUGCCACGGCUUUCCCGACUUGUGGUACGGCUGGCGUUACCAGAUCGCCGCUUUCGCUGCGCGCGGCUUCCGCGUCCUGUGCCCAAGCCAGCUCGGUUACGGCGGGUCGUCGCAGCCUGGAGCGGUCGAGGCGUACAGCUACAAGAGCGUAGCUUACGACAUGAACGGCUUGCUCGAUGCUGUUGGAGCGGGCAAGGUCAUCGUUUUCGGGCACGACUGGGGAGGCAUGGUCGCUUGGCGCUUCGCCGACUACUUCCCUCACCGCGUCAUCUGCAUCGCUAGCGUCUGCACGCCUUACAUGCCGCCAGCCGGUCCCUCCACGCCCUACGUCUCGACGAUGGACCUGGUCCGCACGAAACUGCCCAACUUUGGCUACCAAGCCUUUUUCGAGCGCGAAGACUCCGCCAAGAAGAUCGAGCCGGUCCUGGAGCAGUUCUUCGCCGUCAACUUCUCCGCGACCGUGCGCGGCAAGUUCAUCGAGGCGGGACGGGAGUUGCCGCAGUUCCCGGUGCGCGAGGGCGAGAUGGAGAAGAACAUCGACCGUAUGAUGAGGGAGAAACAGAGUGGGAAGGCCAAGCCUGUGCCGAAGGACCCUGAGUACCAAUACUACCUCGACACGUUCCAGCGCUAUGGCUUGCACCACCCGCUCAACUGGUACCGCACGCGCCGCAUCAACCACACCGAAGAGCAGGCCUCCCGCCUCCCGACCUUCUCGCCCGACAUUCCCGCCCUCAUGAUCCCCGCUGAGAAGGACCCGGCUCUCCCGCCUGCGAUGGCAAAGAGUCCUGCUGUCAUGAAGUGCUUCCCCGGAGGCAACUUGCGGGUGUUGCCGGUCGUCAAGGACGCCGACCACUGGCUCUUGCAGGACGUCCGCUUCCGCGACCAAGUCACGGACAUGCUCGCAGACUUCGUCGACGAGGUCCUCUCAGGCAAAUGGAGGCCGGAAGCUGCGCCGUCGAAGCUUUGA